AUGGCGCUGUGCCAAAACAGACUACAGGAGGAGCGCAAGCAGUGGCGGCGAGACCACCCUUUUGGAUUCUAUGCGCGCCCGCUACGGACGAAGGAGGGUGUUCUCGACCUGAAGAACUGGGAGUGCGGCGUUCCGGGCAAGGAAAAGACCAUUUGGGAGGGCGGCCUGUUCAAGCUGACGAUCGCGUUUCCUGACGAGUAUCCUACGAAGCCACCAAAGUGCAAGUUUGUUCCGCCACUAUUCCACCCGAACGUCUACCCCUCUGGUACCGUGUGCCUGUCCAUCCUCAACGAAGAGGAGGCGUGGAAGCCCGCCAUAACGGUCAAGCAGAUAUUGCUUGGCAUCCAAGAUCUCCUCAACGAUCCGAACCCUGAGUCGCCGGCCCAGGCCGAGGCAUACAACCUUUUUAAGCGAGACCGAGUCGAGUACGAGAAGAGAGUCAAGCGCGUUGUGCGCGAGAACCCCGCUCCAUAG